CUUCCCUCGGCAUAAUAUUAUUAGUGUAGAUAACACAGCGCACCGGGCCGCAGUAUAGUAGAGGCCAGUAUCAAAGCCGCGCGCCGCAGUAAUGUACGCCGUUCUACUUGUUGUGCUUAGUACUUUUAUUAUCUUUGCGCUAUAUCAAAAAACUAAGAAUGCAAUAUGCAUGUCCAGAAAAAGACUGGUAGGCAAAACCGUAAUAGUGACUGGAGGAACAGCUGGAAUGGGCCUCCACAUAGCUACAGACUUGGCCCGUAGAGGAGCGAGAGUGAUAGUUGCCUGUCCUUUUGAAGAUGAAGGCACUAACGCUAGGAAACAUAUAGUGAAGGUGACUGGCAACGAUGACGUGGUAUACAAACACCUCGACUUGGGAUCUUUACAAUCAGUGAGACAAUUUGCAGCAGACAUCUUGAAGACUGAAGAUAGACUGGACGUUCUACUAAACAACGCUGGAGUUGGUAUCCCUGGGGACUUCCUGACUGCGGAUGGAAUGAACUUUAUAAUGCAAGUGAACUACUACGGAACAUUCCUACUGACACUACUACUCAUCCCUCUUUUAAAGAAAACUGGGAAACCUGGUGAAGCGAGCAGGAUCAUAUUAACAGCAUCAGUGCUACAUCGUAUUGCAAAAAUGGAAAUGGAAAACUUAAAUAGAACUAAUUAUUGGAAUAAGAUUAGAAUGUAUGGUAAUAGUAAAUUAUGUCUCGUCUUAUUUGGCAAAGAACUCGCAAAGAGAUUGAAAGGAUCCAACAUCGUGGUUAACAAUAUAGAUCCAGGUUUAGCUGGGACCAGAAUUUACAAAUCUGCAAACACAGUGCUUGGAAACAUAACGAUAUUAUUUUUGAAUUUAUUCUUCAAGACUCCUUGGGAGGGCGCCCAGACUACUUUACAUGUGACUUUAGACGAGGAAGCUGGAAAAGUGAGUGGAGAAUACUUCAUAAAUUGUAAAAUAGGUAGACCUUCGAAACAAGCGUGUUGUGAUAAAACUGCCAAAGUGCUUUGGGAAGAAUCGGUGAGAUUAGUGAAACUAACAGAAGACGAACUACAACAUUGUUUUAAAUAACUCUUUUACUAAGUAUAAGUCAUUCUUAUCAACAGGUAGCAUUUACUCUGUAAGAAUAAUAAGUACAAUAGCUAUUACAAUGCGCUGGUUAAUGGUCAUGGCCGCUAAUUUGUUUGUAAAAUCACUCUGAUCAAAGGGCAUCUAUAUAAUAUAUUUUAUAACCAGCAAAACUUGUUUGAGUUUCAAUGAACAUAGUGUCGUAACACAUUUAGAAUUUUUUAUCACAUAAAAGUGACUCUAUAUAGUUAUUAAACAUUGGUCCAAUGAGUAGGUAAAUAUAAAAUUGUAAUAACAGAACUAGUAACAUGAUACUAAAUUACACAAUUGUUACUUA